GGUACUCAGAAUAGUAACAUUUAUUUAUUUACAUUUACGAUAUGAUGACGAUACAUGUUCUUGCAAAACUAGAUAUUACGGCGGUCAACAUAAGAACGAAAUCUUGCUAGUGGCGUAGAAAUUUUCAUCAUAAUAAGUGGAGGGAGUUUCGAUAUUUGGAGAAUGGAACUAGAAUAUUGUUAACAUUACAAUAGCAAACGCCAAGCUUUAAACAGCGUUAUUGAUCGUAAAGUAAAUUUUAAGAACAAACCCUAAAAAUAUUGUACAACAUUUAAAUAUUUUAUUAUUUUUAGUGAAAUUUCCCAAUAAUUUUUUCUUUUUUAAUUAUUCACAAUGGAGAGAAAAUUUAUUAAUGUUAUUCUACUCGGUUUUGGAUUUAUGUUUGUGUUUACUGCAUUCCAAACUAUGGGAAAUAUUGAGAAAACUAUAUUGGACAGCAUCAAACAGGAUGAUCCGUCGUUCACCGGUGAUGGCUACACAUCACUCGCUAUCAUCUAUGCCACGUUGGCCAUCUGCAAUUGGAUGGCGCCCUCCGUCAUCACAAUCACCGGGCCGAGAGGAGCCAUGCUCAUUGGAGCUGUUACUUAUUUGUUCUUCAUAGUGACGUUCCUUUUCCCGCGCACAUGGCUUCUCUACCUCGCCAGUGUUAUGAUAGGGGCGGGCGCCGCGGCCAUAUGGACCGGCCAAGGGAACUACCUCACUCUGAACAGCGAUGGGGAGACCAUAUCAAGGAAUUCUGGAGUCUUCUGGGCCAUGCUGCAAUGCAGUUUGUUCUUCGGCAAUCUCUUCGUGUUCAUAAAGUUCCAAGGCAAGUCCCACAUCGACCUCCACACUCGCAACGUCGUGUUCGGGGUGCUGACGGGGGUGUGCGCCCUGGGCAUAGUCUUCCUGAUGUUGCUGCGUCCCGCUAGAAGAAAUAUUGACGAUGUAAAGAAUGAGAUGACCAUGAAGGAGGAAGGUCCCAUGGAGGCGUUCCGCGGCGCCAUCAGGCUGUUCUGUACCGGCGACAUGAUGUUACUGAGCGCGGCCUUUAUAUACACAGGUGUGGAGCUGUCAUUCUUCAGCGGCGUAUACAGUCCGAGUAUCGGCUUCACCCUCGCUAUGGGUGAGAACGCCAAGCAGCUGGUGGGACUGUCAGGAGUCUUCAUAGGACUCGGAGAGGUUCUAGGAGGAGCAUUGUUCGGUAUCCUGGGCAGUAAGACGACUCGUUGGGGUCGUGACCCCAUCGUCAUAAUGGGCUACCUCAUCCACAUGACGAGCUUCUUCCUCAUCUUCAUCAAUCUGCCGAACCUGGCGCCGUUCGGAGACACCACCGACACCUCCUACAUCACUCCCUCGCCGUACCUGGCGAUGCUCUGCAGUUUCCUCCUAGGAUUCGGCGACGCCUGUUACAACACUCAGAUAUACUCCAUCCUGGGCGGGAAGUACGCUGAUAACAGUACCUCCGCCUUCGCUCUCUUCAAAUUCACACAGUCCCUGGCCGCUGCCGCGUGCUUCUUCUAUUCAUCCCGAGCGCCGCUGUCAGUUCAACUCGGAGUCCUGGCGGUGUUGGGUACAGCUGGUACAGCAGCCUUCUGCCGCGUGGAGUGGGCAGCACGCUCCGUGGCACGCGCGGCCGCUCGAGCCGCCCUCGCGCCAUUGGCGCCCGGAGAGAAGCCCGCAUCCAGGGACGUCGAGGAUGCGCUACACUAUGACUAAGUAGUGGGGCGUGUGACGUCAUCGCUUUAAGUCACCAAACGAAAUGUUUAGAUCAACCUAGUAGUAUAAUGGCACAUGAUGACGUCACAAACUUCAAUCUUUUCCACCCUACUUGCCUUGGGUUAAGUAAAGUUUCUAGUGAGGAUCUAUUGUGACAAAUCCGAUACCUUGAACGCACUGUUUAUUUUAUAUUUAACCUCAACACUCUGUUACUUUUCCAUUCCAGAGCAUUCCAUAUAUAAUAUAGACAUCUACAAUGAAUAAAUCCUUCGCCUUUAAACUUGAUGUCUGAGAUGGCAUUUAGCAUAUAUAUAAUGCCAGUAAGUUGAUAUUGUAUUGCAUAUAAAAAUAUCCUAUAACUUGAAUCAAUCGUAUGUGAGUGACGAUUUCCUUGUUAUUCAUCAUUAAAAUAACAUAAUGCUGACGUCACAGAAGGUUUUAAUUGUGAUGAGAUAAUUGUUUACUACAAAGAUAAAUACACUUAUUCCAACAUAUCAUUCCAUGUAACUAUGAACAAAAUUAUGUAAAUUAAUAAGAAAUAUAUAUAUUUUUAUAAUAAUGUAAAGAAAAUUGUAAGAAUGUGAUGGGAUGAGGUUCGAAUUUACUAGUAUUAUUGAAGCGAGGAGUCCUUAACUGUAAAAAAUUAAUUUUACAUAACAACUAGGAGCCGUUCAUAAAAUACGUUCGCAUACAAGGGGGGGUCUGGCUGAGUUUGCGGGGGG